GCUGCAGGGGAGAAUAUGAGAACAGUAACCUGUGAAGGAGGAAGCAAGGGGGAAAUUCUAUUUUAUUUUUGUGAAGAUGCUUAAAAAGGAGAGUAUCACCCUGCUGGAGGAGAAGAACCGCAGAGAGGCCGGUGAGAGAAGGAAAGAGAGCAUAGCAAGCAAACACAGAGCAAAAGCAAAGGAGAAAGUAGCAUGGCCCGGGCUGCUCUUCUAAUCUAUUUGCACAUAGCACUUUUCCUCAAUAUUCUGGAAACAGGACAUGCCAGUGAAAGGAGUACCAGAGUGCUGGAAGCUACAGCUCCAGGAGAUAUCAUCAUUGGAGGGAUCUUUCCCAUUCAUGAAGACGUAGACAAAGAGAACACCUUCUUUGAACCCCACAUACAGCCAUGCAUCAGGUUUCAAAAUGAAGGUCUGGCGAGGGCACUGACUAUGAUCAAUGCCAUAGAGAUGAUGAAUAAAUCCCCUCUGCUGGCUGAUGUUAACGUCACUCUGGGCUACCGGGUCCUGGACUCCUGCUCUGAUGUCAGCACAGCUCUAAGAGCCACAGCGGACCUCACUCAGCCAGCCAACUGCCACAGCGGGAGCCACACCUCAGCCUCUGCCCGGUCAGUCAUGGCUGUUAUAGGGGCCUCUCAUUCUGAAACGUCCAUCGCCAUCGCCAGGCAACUGACUCUCAAGAUGAUACCUCAAAUCAGUUAUUCAUCGACCGCUGUCAUUCUGAGCGAUAAGAGCCGCUUCCCCACCUUCAUGAGGACCAUUCCUAAUGAUGAGCAUCAGACAGCUGCCAUGGUCAGUCUGCUCAGCACCUAUGGCUGGAACUGGGUGGGAAUAGUUACCACAGAUGGAAAUUACGGCAGGUCAGCGCUUGACCACUUUGUGUCCCACGCUUCUGAAAAGGGGAUGUGUGUGGCCUUCAAAUCAAUCCUACCUCAAUCUGUAAGCAACCCUGAUGUCUGCUCUGCUGUCAUGCAGACUGCCAAAACCAUUUACAGGAACCCCAAGGUACAGCUGGUUGUGUCCUUUGCCACGGCAACUCACAUGAUGUACCUAUACCAGGAGCUUAAGAAUCAGACGCUGAAAGCAGGACAGAACAUGAGGUCAAUGAGAAGAGUCUGGGUGGCCAGUGACAGCUGGUCCUCCUCCAGCUCUGUGACAGGUAACUUAACUCUGGACGACAUAGGACACAUUGUGGGCUUUACCUUCAAAAGGGGAGACAUGUCAUCAUUCAGUGAGUACCUGAGCAGGCUGGAGGCGGCUGGACAGGACUACACUGAGAAUAACUCCUUCAUGCAGGAGUUCUACAGGCAGCUAAAUGCUACUGAAGGUUCUGGAUACACUGAGCUGGUGUCUAAAGCUGUGAACACCCUCAGAGAACACUCUCAUGCUGCUUCUGUCUUCAGUAUUGAGAUGGCUGUGAGUGCUAUCGCUCAGGCUGUGGCAUCUAUCUGCAAGAGCAGAGACUGCAAAACACCAGGCACCGUGCAACCCUGGGAGGUGCUGAAAGCUCUGUGGAUGCAGAAGUUUAAACUUCGAGGACAGGGCUAUACGUUUGACAGCAGGGGAGACAUCAACCUGGGCUAUGAUGUUACAAUGUGGAAGUCAGAUGGAGGAAGCAUCUACGUCCAUGAUGUUGUAGCUCAGUAUCACCUACACAACAACACCUUCACCUACACCAACUACAGCACCACCCGACAUUUCCAGGGCCUAAAGCACAUCAUCUCAAAAUGCUCCAAUAGCUGUGUCCCUGGAGAGUUCAAGAAAACGGCUGAGGGUCAACACACCUGUUGUUAUGAAUGCAUCAACUGCACUGAGAACUACUACUCUAAUAAUACAGAUAUGGACCAGUGUUUGAGCUGUGACACAAACACAGAGUGGUCUCCAAAGGGCAGUUCCAGCUGCAUCCCCAAAACCCUGCUCUUCUUCUCCUGGCAGAACGGCUUUGCUGUGGUGCUCCUGACAUUUUCUGCCCUGGGCAUCCUCCUGACUGUGCUGGUGUCAGCUUUGUUCCUACAUCAGCGGGACACCCCUGUAGUGAAGGCUGCCGGAGGGCCACUUAGCCAGACCAUCCUGUUCUCUGUGGUCAUCAGUUACAUCAGUGCCAUGCUGUUUGUUGGCCGGCCCAACAGCCUCCAAUGCAAGGCACGACAGGUGCUCUUUGGCAUCAGCUUCACUCUGUGUGUCUCCUGUAUCCUGGUCAAGACCCUGCAUAUCCUGCUAGCCUUCCAGUUUGACCCUAAACUGCAGGAGGUUCUGCGGAGGCUCUACCAGCCUUACAUCAUCGUCAGCAUCUGCGUGGCCUUACAGGUAACUACCUGCAUCUGCUGGCUGGUCCUCAAAAGCCCAUAUAAUCACAUCAUCAGGCUUCCAACCAGUCUGCUGGAGGACUGUCAUGAAGGCUCAUAUUUGGCCUUCGGGGUGAUGCUGGGCUACAUAGCUGUUCUGGCUUUUGUGUGUUUCAUCUGCGCCUUCAAAGGACGCAAACUGCCACAGCACUACAAUGAGGCAAAGUUCAUCACCUUCAGCAUGCUGCUCUACCUCAUCUCGUGGCUGCUCUUUGUUCCUGUCUACGUCACCACUUCAGGAGUGUACCUACCAGCUGUGGAGAUGGUUGUCAUUCUCAUCUCCAACUUCGGCAUCCUGAGCUGUCAUUUUUUCCCAAAGUGCUAUAUAAUCCUUUUUAAGAAGGAACAAAACACCAAGAGUGCUUUCAGGAAGAAUCUGUAUGAAUACUCGAGCAAAACCACAGACUCCGUCUCUGUGUCUGGGAGCUCAGUGUCAGAGCGACAGUCCAGCACUGGUCAGCACUUUGUCAUCAGUGCCUCGUCGCUCUCUGUACCUGCAGCCAAUCCUUUCAAAACUGCUAUGGUGACAAACUGCAGAGAGCAGACUAGCUGCACAAGUUUGCACAGAGGUUCAAUCUCACGACACUGCCUCAGAAGAAGCACCAGCAUAUAAACUUUUCAUAUAAGCUUCUCAACCAAAAUCCAUUAUAUUGAACUGUACAUUUUGAAAGUUCUUAAUGACUAUACUGUACAUUUAAAAAGAUGUAUCUAUGUUUUUCAGAAGUAAGAAGUCAAACGUAUUUUCUGUUUUGUGCUCUAUUUGUCAUUGUGAGAAUAUAUAUCCUAAAAUAAAACAAAGCAAAAACUACAGCGGCAGAAUCAUUUACCUGGGGCGUUUCAGCAAAUCAAAUGUAAUGUGUAUCCCAGUGGCUUUGACAUGGUCAGAUUACAUAAAUGAGGUCUGGGAUAAUCCCAUCAUUAUAUAAAUAACUACUAAAAAAUAAUGAGGCUCAUGAGAAAACACCAAAAGAAUUAGGGUGUGGAUUAUUUUGAAUAAUCUUGUGUAUCUUGGUCAUGAUUUCUGAUGAUGAGACAUUGUUGUUGUAUGUCUGUAAUGUAGUUUUCGGGCGCUUUAAGUACCACAAGUUGAGUGUGUCUGGUACCAUUAAAUUGUAGAGAAGGCCUCUAUAGCGUAUAUGUCCAAACCUCGACAACUCACACCAAAACAAUCAAUAGAAUAGAUGAAUAAAUAGCACCACAGAUAAGAGAAAAAAUGUGUAUUGUCCUGUCCCUUUAACUUGAAAGUUUGUACAUGCACACAUACAUGAUCAAUAAAAUCUGGAUGUAUGUCAUGUCAGGAUGAGAAUGGAUACAGCAGACAUCAGUGCUAACACAGGGAUCAGUGUCUGCAGACUGUUAGUGUGUGUUUACUGACUCCAACCAAUCACCCAGCGCCUUGGCUUCAGGCCUGUGAUGGUAACAACUGAAUAGUUGCCAUUUUGAGACACGGUCAAUGAGCCACAAUUGUCUGAAGCACUGAGGGGAUUUGACCACAAUUGCCACCCAGCAUCAAUCAUGUCUGCGUGACAGCAAGUCAGGAAGGUUGAGAAACUUUCCUCUCACUUAAAUGCUUUCUGUGAUGAUUGAUGCUGAAGUUUAAGGACAUGUAAGAAUGAGGAAGAACUAACAAAACCUGCACAACAGUUGAGACACACAAUCAAUAGUGGAUUCUAUUAAUACCCACUGCUCAAGUCAGUCAUCAAAGGUGCUUAACAUACAUACAUCACUUUUGUCAGAUCUUAUGAUAUCUAACCUUGCUGAUAGUGUCAAUAACAUGCGAUCCAUAAGAUAUACCUCUGAAAAACCAUCCUCCAUGGAGGUCAAUGGAACUUUUUAGUGCUGCUCAGAACAUUGAAUCUUUAUUCAACAGCAACGGGUCAUGUUACUGGGUUGUAAGACAAUAUCAAUACACUGGAGUAUUGCAAUAUUUUGUUUUGUUAUAUUGUAUUGAUUCUCAGAAACACUAUCGAUUUGUGUGUUUAAACCCCCAACUGUUAUGUAACUGUUAAAACUGAGGGCUAUGACGUUGGAUGUUACAGUGACUACACAACUAUUUUUAAUGCAUAUGGUGGCGUGUUCUUUAUAUGACAGUUUUCUAAAAAAUUAAAUGUUAUAUAUUUUGCAAUAUAUCACCUUGCUAACAAUAUCGCAGUAUAUCACAAUAUAUAUCAUCGUAAACCCUGUAUCGUGAUACGUAUCGUAUCGCUGGAUUCCUGCCAAUACACAGCCCCUAGAUAGAUUCAGCCCCCUGGCAUCACCCUCUUUGAUGCUGCUUCCCUAGCAUACCACUACGAACAGCAGCUUGAAGGUAGUUUAUUGUUGAGUGUCAUUCCCAAAGCAUUGAUAUUGGAGAACCUGGGAAUGAGACUCCACAAUAAACUGUCUUUCUUGUCUCUGAUUGGUUACAGCAAAACAAUCUUAACUUCUGAAAGAAUAAAAAACACUACGUUUUGUCUGGUCUGGUCUGGUCUAACCAGUAGUUUAUAGUGACUUCUGCCAGCCAAUUUGAGCAAACUUAAUAUAGACGGUGGUAAUAAGGUGGUUCAAUUCACUGAUUUUAUGACUACUUUAUUUUUAGCAUUCAUUCCUAAUGCGAUAACUCUACUCAAUUCAUAAGCACCUCUUACACUGGAACCAUGUCCAUUAUUGUUCUUUGUAUUGUGCAUGUUGUGUUAUUUAUUAUUGUCUACAUUGUGAUUUACAAUUAUAUGUUUUAACCUACCUGUGAAGCAAAAGGCAACUUUCAACAUUUGUGGACAAUAAAGAUUAUUAUUAUUAUUAUUAUUAUUAUUAUUAUUAUUAUUUUAUUAUUAUUAUAAAUAUCCUGUAAUGGUGUCUUAAGGGGAGAGCUACAGUUGAAUAUGGUAAAAAUGUUAAACUAAUAGCUAUCAAUAUGAAAUUCUACUCCAGUUUACAUACAUUCCCAGAACAGAAUCCAGGUUCCAAAUGUGUGUGUUUCACUUGUUGACGUAUUAGAGCCAUUAGUCUGAAAAAACAUGUAUCUUAAAUCUCAAAACUGACCAGUGAAUAAAAAAGUUUUUGCCUGUGGUGUCUAUAAGGCCACACUGGCUGUUGCACAAUAAAAGUUA